CUCCACAGUCUUCCCUCAUGGCGGCCGAGAAUCAGGCCGGGCUCGCCGCAGAAGCGACGGUUUCCCUCAGCGGUGGCGGCUCGGAAAGCUUGGGAGACGGCGUGGCCCGGCGGCGCCUGAGCGACCUGCGGGUGAUCGAUUUGCGGGCCGAGCUGAAGCAGCGCAACCUGGACAGCGGAGGCAACAAGAGCGUCCUUCUCGAGCGGCUCCGGAAGGCUAUUGAGGAAGAAGGAGGACACCCUGAUGAGAUUCCAGUGGAGUCAGAAAUAAUCCCCAAGAAAGUGCCAAAGAGAAGCAGCAAAGGGCGGAGGCCUGAGGAAGAGGGAGUAGAGGACAAUGGCCUUGAAGAGGAAUCCGGAGAUGGGCAGGAGGAUAUUGAUGCAAGUUUGGAUAACUUGCAGGAUAUUGACAUGAUGGAUAUUAGUGUGUUAGAUGAA